AUGCGCUUGGAGGCCGAUUCCGACGAAACAAUCACCGACAAGGAACCUUUGGCGGAGUCAACGGAUGCCGAUCCCGCAAGUGAAGAAGAAGUCACGUCAGACGUCGACUUGCCCAGUCACUCCGAACCCGAAUUACUCCAUCAAUGCUCAGUCCCCCAUAUCCAUCGCGGCCCAGGCAGAUCAGACGACGACUAG